UACAAAUACAAGCUGUUCCCACGACAUAAAUUUCAACCUCAAAAUUCUUCUUCUACUUCACACUUCGCAGUACUUUUUCCUCCCUUAAACCGGUUGCAUAAUUUAACCUGAGACUUCAGACAGAUUAAGAACCAUGCCGAAGGUUUAUCCAAACGAAACAGCAACGGAGCAAACAAAAACCCCCCAACAUAUUUCAGACAGGAAAGUGGAGGCAUUAACAGUAUGGAAAAAAUCACUUCUCUUCAACAGUGACGGUUUUACAGUUUUUGAUACAAAAGGAAAUCUUGUUUUUCGUGUUGAUAAUUAUCAAUCCGGAAGUAAAAAGGAAAUUGUUUUAAUGAGCGGCACCGGAAAACCUCUUCUUACUAUCCGUCGUAAGAGAACGAGUUUUGCAGAUAAUUGGAUGGUGUUCGACGGGGAAACUGCAGUUAGUCCAUUAUUUCUGGUGAAGAAGCCCGUGAAUUUCUUGGCUUCAAAGGACCUAGCACACGUGAUAUCAUGUCAGAGUAUCAACGGUUUAAAUAAGAAUUUGAUGUAUGAGAUUACCGGGUCGUAUGCACACCGGUGUGUGGCGGUAUAUGAUAACAAGAAAAGACUUGUAGCUGAAAUUCAAAGGAAAGAAGCUAAAGCAGGUGUAACAUUUGGUGGUGAUGUAUUCAAGUUGACAGUACAACCCGAACUUGAUCAGACAGUUGCGAUGGCUCUUGUUAUAUUAAUGGAACAAAUGUUUGGAUUGGGAAGAUCAAUCAGUUUACGGUAAUCAAUGAGGCAGUGGAUGAUGAAUGGUUUGAUGAGCUAGCAAAAGCCUGGAACCCCAAAAAGAGAAGUUAUCCUGUUUUGGGCUGACGAGAUGAUACCGAUGUCGAAUUGUGUCGUGUCCCAGCACCUCAGAAAAUUAAACACCCCUGCACGCAGGCUCAACUACAAUUCCGAGGUUACUGCUCCUGAAUCGCCAACCUGAAAUGCUCAAAAUGCUACAAUGAUCGCUUAUGGACAUGGAUAAUAGUGCAGCCUGAAUGCCAAUUCGCUAGGCAUUGACAGCCCAAGCUAAACUAAAUCUCUGAGUCGUCAAACAUCAAAAUAUUUGAUAUGUACUCAUUAAAGUAUAAAAUUAAAUGUAUAUAUCGUCAUCUUGGCACUAAAAGGCAGAUGGUGCCAACAACCAAUGUAUGUACCCUGUAAGUAUUGUUUAUGUCGAACUAAUAAGGUUCAACAUAAUUUAAUAUAUUUCUUGUGUCAUUAGACUGUAUAUAUAAAAUUGUUUCUUUGUCUACA